GCCCACUUCGCAUUCUCUCGUUCCAAUUUUUUAACUGCCUAAACCUAAAACUAGGGUUAGGGUUUCACUCUCUGUUCCUUCUUAAAUCCAUUCAUGGACCCGACCAAGAAGCGCAAGCUCGAUGAGAACGGUGUCGCAUCGGCCGAUACUGAUUCUCCCUGCAUUCUAAACCCUCAGGAUUCUCGCAAAAUUGUUGAACGCCUAACAAAUGAUCAACUCCUAGAUAUUCUAUCCAACGCUGUCACUCGCCACCCCGAUGUCCUCGAAGCCGUCCGAUCUAUUGCAGAUGCUGACCCAACUCAGCGCAAGCUCUUCAUCCGUGGCCUCGGCUGGGACACCACCACUGAAGGCCUCCGUAACAUUUUCUCCGUCUAUGGUGAGCUUGAGGAAGCUGUGGUUAUCCUCGACAAAGCCACCGGAAAAUCGAAAGGCUAUGGCUUUAUUACGUUCAAACAUAUUGACGGUGCCAUGCUUGCUCUUAAAGAGCCCAGCAAGAAAAUUGACGGCCGCGUGACGGUUACGAAUCUUGCAGUUGCUGGAAAUUCAGCGAAUAGUACUAACAACCCCGUGGAUGUGUCGUUGAGGAAGAUAUUUGUCGGGAAUGUACCAAACGACAUGUCGGCUGACAAAUUGCUUGCACAUUUUGCUUGUUAUGGAGAGAUUGAAGAAGGUCCGUUGGGGUUUGAUAAGCAGACCGGUAAACCAAAGGGCUUUGCUUUGUUUGUUUAUAAGACGGCGGAAGGGGCUCAAGCUGCGCUUGUAGAUCCUAUAAAGACCGUCGAGGGGAAACAAUUGAAUUGUAGAUUGGCUGAUAAUAAGAAGGCGAAGGGGCCUGAUGGGAUUCCGCCUGGUGGGCCCGGGAAUGUUAAUGUUAAUCAUGGCGAUGGGAUGGGAAUGGUUCCGCCACCGGCUGGAGGAUCCAUGCCGGGAUCCUAUGGUGGGCCAGGUGGACAUGGGUCUUACGGCCCGUUUUCAGGGGCGCCACCUUUGGGUCAUCAUGUGAACUCGUCUUUAGGGGGACCGGGACAGGUACCCUCCUCUUUGGGAGGUGUUGGUGCUGCUGGUUAUGGUGCUGGGUUGGGUGGGCCGUAUGGUGGUUAUGGUGGGCCAGGCUCUGCUGGUUAUGGAGGUUUGGGUGGUGCUGCUGGUAGUGGUGGAUUGGGGGGUGGUUCUUCCCUGUAUAGGUUGCCACCGAGUUCGGUUGGAAUGCCUUCUGGUGGGUAUUCUGAAGGUGGGCAUUACAACUUGUCAUCAACUUCGUCUGCUUAUCCUAGUCAGCAUCACCAGGCAACCGGGACAUCUCCUGUGCCUAGGGUUCCUCCUAUGUACCCGAAUGUUCCCCCGUAUUAUUGAGAUGGACAUGAGAACAGCUUGGUUGUCACAACCUUUAGAAUCUUUAUCUAAGGGAUGAUAUUGAAUUUUUGGUUAAAGAUUGAUUGUGGCAUUUUUAGUUAUUACAUUAAAUAUAGGUUUGUGUUACAAUUGAUGAAAGAGAAUCAUCCAUUGACAUUGAAAUUUCGAUGCCCAUAAGCCUUGUGUUUUCUUUUGGUGGAGAUUCAUUCUCAACAUUUAGUGAGAUGGGAAGUUGUUACUCUGUUUCUAAUUUGAAUAUGGGGUGUUUAGUAUUUAAGGUUGUCCACUGUGGUGGCCUAACUACUGUGAGCUGUUUUGUUAUGUAAUUUUGUAUUGCGUGGAACAUGU